AUUACAUUUUAUAAAAUGUCGCGAAUAUUACAGAAAUAUAUAAAAUUUUCAACCCAGGAGUUGGAGACGUACGCCAACAAUCCCGGGUCAUGCGUGAAUUGCGUCAACACGGACAUGCACCUGUCGAUGGGACCGUACGGCAUGGCUAGUUUCAAGCAUGCGCUCCACGAGCUGCUCAUCCGCACAAAAGUGGGAAUAUACGAUGCCAACCUAUCUGCCAUUGUGUUGGGCAUUAAGAAAAUCAAGGUCCUGGGCCAGACGGCAGCCUUGCGAGCGGAUGAUCCCAGCUUGCACCUGCUUAUCAACGCGGACUUCUAUGUCUUCCAGCCCGUUGAGGGGGCCGUCCUGAGUGGAGUUGUGCGGCACAUAUCCAAGCACCAGGUCAGCGCCAUCAUCUACAGGGUAUUCAACACCAUAAUUCGCUUCACCAACAAUAAGAACACCCGGGAGGGCAUUACCAUGGAUCAGGACAUUAAUUUUCGCAUCAAAAGCUUCAACAUGAGCAAUGUGAUGCCCUACAUCGAGGGAGAACUAUUGCUGGAGGAGGGCCAAGAGCCGGUGAACCAAUCCAUCAAGUUUGGCAGCCCAGAGCCGGAGCAGGUUAGCCAAGAGCCGGAGGAGGUUAAACCCGAAUUGGAGCUCGACGCACUAAUAGAAUUAAUUAAAAUGGAGCCCGGUAUGGAGGCGCCCUCACCUAAGAAAAAACAAACGACAAAACGUAAAGCAGCUGAAAGGGACGAUAAGCUGACAAAGAAAGCGAAAAAAGUAAUAAAAGCAGAGCCAAUAUAGCUUUAAAAUCCCUCAUACCCAGGUGUUUUUCACAAUCUCUGAUUAGUACAAAUUAAGAAGUAGUACUCGUACUACAUAUAAUGUAACUAGUGCCUCAUCUAUCCCCCUCUAUGCUGGAUUAACCGUUCAGUCCAAAAAACAAUGUGAAAUCAGGUUAAUUUGAUUAACACCCAAAGUCCAGACGAUUUUUUUUUACAAAAUAAACGCAGUUGCCUGCAAAAGACAAA